CUGCAGUAGACAGUAUGCCUUUUGGUGGUGUUGGCUACAGUGGCAUGGGGUCAUACCAUGGUGUGUACAGUUUCAACACCUUCACACACAAGAAGAGUUGCCUUGUUAAAGACUUCAACCCAGUAGCAGAAAAGCUGGCAUCUGCCAGAUACCCACCAUAUUCUCAGAAGAAGAUAGACUUUAUGAGUUUCCUGUUGAAAAAGAGGAAAGGCUUGAGCCUGAAAUUCCUACCUUAUCUGAUUAUGUUUGCUUUUGGCGUGACAGCCACGGUUGUCUUCAGAUCCAUUUCAAAGAGAAACCCAUCUGGACUGUUGAAUGUUGUCGGUAGAAAGGCAUCAGACCUUCUGCAUAACCUGAAAUCCAUUGGAGUGAAGGAAGUAUAAGGAUGUAAGACUUGAGGUUCUCACAGUGGGUCUUUAUGGAUAUUUGGAAAUGGUGGUGCCAGUGGAGAAUUGAAGAUUAAUGGUCAAGCCAUUGUAAACUUUAUUUAAUAAGAAAUCAAACUUCUAACAUUGCAGACUUUCUUAAAGAUGCACCAGUGGCUUAUUACGUCUAUAAGUGAGAUGUAACAGAGACAUUGAGGACUAUGUUUGUUUGUCUGUAGAACACAGAGAGGGGCAUCAUAAUAUUUCCUUGUCAUGUGCAUUGCUGUGACAAUUCAAAAAUAUAUAUCAGAUUAACAGUUGUUGAAUUGUUUGUAGCGGUUUAUCUCUGUCUGCUAGUUGAAGAGGCUACAUGUCGCAAAGAGUUUAUUACAGAAUCAAAUAUUCAUGUUUUUAUGUUGCUCAAUCGUGUCAAAACACAUUCCGUGAAGUGUUUUAAGUUUUAUGCAUUAAAAUACUUGGGCAGUUCUCUUCAUAGUGAUUAAAGUUUCUUUUAAAAAAGAAGGAGCUGAAUGAAUAGAGAUUUAUACAAAGAUUAAAAAUAAAAGUCAUUUUGGGUUAAAUCAUCUUGAAAAAGUUUGUUUUAGUGUGAAUGAGCGUUAUAAGAUGAAGAAAAGAAAAAUGUUUCUAGUAAAACAUGGUGACAUGUGAUGUACUACUGGCACUGUACUAAAAGUACUGAUAUCACAAGAAUGGCUACCAUAGGCUGGAUGCCUGGCAUUUUCUUUUCUUAACACCUUCUGUGUCUGGGUCCUAGACUUGAAAUGGCCAGAAUGUAGCAAAACAUUUACCAAUGUUAACAUGACUAUGAAAGUGUAAACUGCACCAGAAUACACUCAAUUUUACAAAUGUG